CUUGUAUUCAGCCCACCGUUUAACAAGCAUCUUUUUCUUAUUAUACAUGUCGCCUCUCUCUGUUUAGCACUUUUGCUACUUAUCCCUAUAAGUAUAAAAGCAAAUAGUUGUGUUUUGUGUGUAGUUUUAGACCUUGUAGUUGAAUCUGGCAAAAGCACAACAAACAGUAGAAGUAAAAUCUUGAAGGGGUGUUGUAGUUUGAUCUGUGACUUUUGUAGUGACUGGGAGAUGUGUAAAGUCUUGAUGAAGAUUCUUGAAGCACAUUGAUUUCUCGAUUCAUAGCAUUGUGAAAAGAACAUAUAGUUGAAAGAAUUGCCCUGGAAUCCAUGUAUUUGUUGCCUAUAUUCCACUUGUAUGCUAUGUUAUGCUGACUCUUACAAAAUGCUGCUGGGGGGUUGUUGCAUCCUCCAAAAGUAGUGUUCUUUUUGAGGAUUCGAUACGAGUACAACAACAAUUUUGGGGAGUUUGAGCAACAUAGCUCGUAUGUACAGUUGAAGUUGAUGUGGGUGUUUUUAUCUGUCGACUCAGGAGCUGCUUGUUGAUUGUCUGCUACAGAAUAAUAAAUGUUUGUUCAUAUUGUUGAAAGGAUACUUGGAAGUUCAUCUUUGUCUUAAAUCAGUACCCUACCUCUUAUUCCAAAGUAUUUUUUUAAUGUGCUACUCAGAUCUAAAGGAAUCAAGAUAAAUAGAAGAAAUGGCCAACAUAGACAUAGCUGGAAUCAUGAAGGAUCUCCCAAAUGAUGGCCGUAUUCCAAAGACCAAGAUUGUUUGCACGUUAGGGCCAUCUUCUAGAACAGUGCCAAUGCUGGAGAAGCUUCUCCGUGCUGGCAUGAAUGUUGCCAGGUUUAACUUUUCUCAUGGGACCCAUGAGUACCAUCAGGAGACAUUGAACAAUCUUAAGAUUGCGAUGCAGAAUACUCAGAUCCUGUGUGCUGUCAUGCUUGACACCAAGGGUCCUGAGAUUCGUACUGGUUUCUUAACAGAUGGAAAACCGAUUCAGCUUAAGGAAGGUCAAGAAAUCACUGUAUCCACAGACUAUACCAUAAAAGGAAAUGAAGAAAUGAUCUCAAUGAGCUAUAAGAAGUUGGUAGUGGACUUGAAGCCCGGCAAUACCAUCUUGUGUGCAGAUGGUACCAUAACCCUUACUGUUUUGUCAUGUGAUCCACCGUCUGGAACGGUGAGAUGUCGCUGCGAGAAUACUGCCACCUUAGGAGAGAGGAAGAAUGUAAACCUUCCAGGUGUGGUUGUGGACCUUCCAACACUUACAGAGAAGGAUAAAGAAGAUAUACUAGAGUGGGGUGUUCCUAAUAACAUUGAUAUGAUAGCGCUUUCGUUUGUGCGUAAGGGUUCAGAUCUUGUCAAUGUUCGCAAGGUUCUUGGUCCACAUGCCAAGCGCAUUCAACUAAUGUCAAAGGUUGAAAACCAAGAAGGGGUCAUCAACUUUGAUGAAAUCCUUCGUGAGACAGAUUCUUUUAUGGUUGCUCGAGGUGAUCUCGGAAUGGAAAUUCCAGUUGAGAAGAUUUUCUUGGCUCAGAAAAUGAUGAUAUACAAGUGUAAUCUUGCUGGCAAAGCUGUGGUAACUGCCACUCAGAUGCUUGAAUCAAUGAUCAAGUCUCCACGACCCACCCGUGCUGAGGCUACUGAUGUGGCUAAUGCUGUCUUGGAUGGCACUGAUUGUGUUAUGUUAAGUGGGGAGAGUGCAGCUGGUGCUUAUCCUGAGCUGGCGGUAAAAAUCAUGUCACGAAUCUGCAUUGAAGCAGAGUCUUCACUUGACAACGAGGCUAUCUUCAAGGAAAUGAUCAGGUGUACCCCAUUGCCAAUGAGCCCAUUGGAGAGUCUUGCAUCAUCAGCUGUCCGCACGGCUAACAAAGCUAGAGCAAAGCUCAUUGUUGUCCUGACACGUGGCGGGAGUACAGCAAAGCUGGUUGCCAAGUAUAGGCCUGCAGUUCCUAUUCUGUCAGUAGUCGUGCCUGUUUUGACUACAGACUCUUUCGAUUGGUCCAUCAGUGACGAGACCCCAGCUAGACACAGUUUGGUAUAUAGGGGCUUGAUUCCACUUCUUGGUGAAGGUUCCGCAAAGGCCACUGAUUCUGAAUCAACUGAGGUAAUCCUUGAAGCUUCCCUGAAGUCUGCUGUAACGAAAGGGCUAUGCAAACCUGGUGAUGCUGUCGUUGCACUUCAUCGUAUUGGUUCUGCAUCCGUUAUCAAGAUUUGCAUCGUGAAGUAAUCGUCAUGUCACGUAACAUACAAUUCUUGAACUCCCCCACACCUGAGCUCAGACUGAUUUUCAUUUAUGCUUUUCUGGUCUUGAUUAUGCAUUAUCAAUAUGCUGAUUAUGUCACUUUGUGUUAGGAUAUCUAGUAUUAUCACCAAGGAUUACUAUAUUUCAUGUCUGCUUCAAACAUUGGGUUUAAAAUAAAUAUUCCUCUGGUGCAGCAAUAUCCUGAUUUACAUUGUUCCAA